AUGCCGUACUACACAGCUGCCGGCGAUGACGAAGUUCACGACUUCGACGAGUACGAUCCGACGCCGUUCGGUGGCGGAUACGAUUUGUUUCUGACCUACGGCCGUGCUCUCGAGCCGUCGGAUGAGACCUGCUACCCUAACUCAUCGCCGUCCGAUGAUUUCGAUUAUGAGCGGCCCCAAUUUUCAUCCUACUCUGAGCCCUCUGCAUAUGACGAAGAGGCUCUCGACAACGAGUACAGCAGCUACGCCCGGCCCACGCACCGACCCGGACCCGCCAUUGGGUUCACUCCAGGUGGAGGCGAUCCGGAGGGAGAGCACGGAGGGAGGCCCCAACCGGCUUAUGGGUUCCAGCCUGGCGGAGAGGAUAGACCCGAGUAUGGAUCCGAGAGGCCCGAUUCGGGCCAUGGGUCUGGGUAUGGUCGGAAGCCGGGGUAUGAACAGCCCGGUUCGGAAUACGGUUCUGGGUAUCGUCGGAGACCAGAGUCCGAUGAGCCCAGUUCCGAGUAUGGAUCUGGGUAUGGCCGAAAGCCAGAGUACGAGACGCCUGAACCAGAGUAUGGAUCUGGGUAUGGCCGAAAGCCCGAGUACGAGACGCCUGAACCCGAUUAUGGAUCCGGGUACGGGCGAAAGCCCGAGUACGAGGCUCCCGAAUCUGAGCAUGGAUCUGGGUAUGGGCGAAAGCCUGAGUUCGAAGCACCGGGAGCUGGAUUCGGGUCUGGGUAUGAUCGGAAGCCGAGUUAUGGCGAGGAGCCUGGUUAUGGAGAUGAGCCGCCGAGAAAGCCAAGCUAUGGGAGGCCCAGUUAUGAGACCUCAGAAAGUGAGGAGAGGCCCAAGUAUGAGAGUUCGGGUUAUGGGAGGACAGAGUUUGAGAGACCUGGUUAUGGCGAAGAGCCGCGGAGGAGGCCUAGUUAUGAGACCCCAGAAAGCGAGGAGAGGCCCAGCUAUGGGAGGCCUGGCUACGGAGAUGAGCCGCCCCCGCCAAGACCCAGCUAUGGGAGCCCUGGCUACGGAGAUGAGCAGCCGCCGCCGAGGCCCAGCUAUGGCACGCCUGGCUACGGCGAUGAGCCGCCACCACCAAGGCCCAGCUAUGGGAGGCCCAGUUAUGAGGGGGAGGAAAGCGCGGAGUAUGAGAAGCCCAGUUAUGGGAGGAGCGAGGAGCAGGAGUACCGCAGGCCUGGUGGUUAUGAGAGGCGCGGUGAUGAUGAUGAAGCUGAGCGUCCUAAGUAUGGUUCUCGUGAGGAGGGCUAUAGUCGCAAGAAAUAUGGAAAUGACAACUCGGAUGAGGAUGAUGAUGAUGAGGAGAAAAAACGACGUCACCACAAGCACCACCACCGCAAGAGCUAUGAUGAUGAAUGA